AUGGUGACGGAGGAGGCGAUGCCCACGUACCAGAGCAUGUUCAACCGCACCGACGGCGUCGGCAACGACACGGGCGCCAGCGCCUUCCCCUUGGCGCGCUGGAUUCGCGGCUGGACCGCCGAGGAGAACCGCACGCUGUCCAAGAUCUGCGUCGUGGUCGCCGGCGACGAGAGGCGGCACGAGGCGGCGUACACCAAGGCGAGCGCCGAGCUGUUCGGCGUGGACCCGGACGACAUGGUGCGCGCGCUGGCCUACGUCAUGCUCGGGAAGGUCACCAUGCCGGGCCUGCUCAUGUCGGACACCCUGCCAGCACACACACAGUUACAUACCCUUGCACGCCGUCCUCGUCCUCCUCCCUCUGCUGCACGGCAGCGCCAGCGUAGCCAAGCGGGGCGCGGAGACGUGCGGGCAGCUGGGCCUUCCAGAAGUCGAGCGUGGCGAAGGGCGGCGGUGGCGACGACGAGGCCGGUUGCCCAGCGCCGGCGCCAGGCCCAGCCGAGCAGGAGGCCGAAGAGGGCCGCCGCACAGAGGGGCCCCGCGAGGAGCGCCAUCUCCCGGGUCGCCCCCCACGCCGUGGGCUGCUCCAGCACCCUCGCCACCGCCGACAGCACCCUCUAG